GUUUUGGGUGAGGCGGGGCUGAAGUGGAGACUGGUUUGUGGUGGCAGUCCUGACAAAGGGACGAGGAGGAAGGGGGAGCGGAGCGGGGAGUUUGGGUAUUGGCCGCUUGGGCAGCCAGCCGUCUCCACAGGCACGGCGGGGCUGCCAGCUAUUUCCCCAGCCCUAUGAAUUACACCAGCAUGCUUGAGAUCUUAUCUCCUACAUCUACCAUGCCAAUUGACAUCACUAUGCAGCUCUACCUUCCUCCUCCAUUCAAGCAAUUGAGCUACACCCGAAAGAGAGCGCUGAAAGUAACCCAACCACUACGGCCAUGCAUCCACCUUCAUCUUGGUGAAGAUACACCGGCUAAUAAGCACAGAACCAAGGAGCAGAAACGUGUUUCCUUUGCUGACAGUAAGGGCUUGCCCUUGACUGCAGUUAAGUUCUUUGAUUUGCACAGUUUAGAUUUUUCCCUCGGUAUCGAUGAGUUGAUCAGUAGUUUAGUAGACCUAAAGACAGCAGACAAAAACAGCCUGCUCUUAGAUUUUGCACAGCCUACUUCUGAUUUCCUGGAUUUCAAGAACCGUUUGGAAACUGACUCUGUCUGUCUUGAAAAUUGCUUGUUACAGGAGGAUAAGAUUAUGGGGACUAUCAAAGUGAAAAAUAUUGCAUUUGAGAAGUCUUUGAAAGUUAGAAUAACAUUUGACACUUGGAAAACGUUGCAGGACCACGAAUGCUGCUACGUCCACGAUCCCUACGGUGGCUCGGAUAGAGAUACUUUUACGUUUGAGAUCCGUUUGCCAGAAUACAUUGCCCCACAUGAAAGAAUAGAGUUUGCCAUCUGUUACGAAAGUGGAGGGAAGACCUUUUGGGAUAGUAACAAAGGGCAAAAUUACAGGUUAAUCAGAUCGGAGCUGAAACACACUCCGGAAAUAGGCAAAACAAAUCAGCCACUGGAUGCUUUAUUGACUGAUUCUGACCAAGUGUCAGGGUAUGGGAUUGAGUUUGAUCGCUAUGGAGGACUCAAAUGUUCCUAUGGUCUGUUCCCUGAAUGGCCCAGCUAUGCUGGUUAUGACAAGAUUGGACCAUAUUACUGAGCAGAUUAUUUGGGAACUACUUGGUUUUAAAUUUGUUUUUCAAUGCACAUCUGCUGGUUUAUAGUAGCCUCAAGCAUAGUAAAGCAGGUGCAGGUUAUAAACAUCAACAUGGGCUUUGCCAGCAUGUCAGAAUCUUGGUCAUUUAUUAAAUCUGUUGUGUCAGUAUGCAAGCUUGUGUUGUAAAUCAGAAUACAAGUGCCUUCUGAAGAUCACAGUGCUGCUUCACCUAGAAUACAGAGUGCCCAACUUUUGGAUGCUGUGUGGCAAGUUGAUUUUCAGUAAGUUUUAUAAUUGUUCUGAGAUACUGAUCAAUUUGAGGAUGCCCUUCAAUCAGUUCUGAAAUGUUCCAGGCUUUCUGACUCUUCCCAACUGCCUCCAAAGUAUUUCAGGAAGCUCUUAUUGUGCAGUUAUCAACAGCUGGAAUGAACUUGUGGGUAUUGUAAUGGCGGUCACUACAAGCCAUGUCUAGAUGAAUAAGCGAAUAAUCUUUCUCAACUUUUUUUUUACAGAAAAAGCUUGGCUUGUUUAAAAUUGAUUGCAGGUUUACUGUUUGAACAAAGAUCCUGUUAUCAGUCUUAUGGCUACGUAGACUUCUACAUUUGCAAAUGCAAACCACUGCAGAGCUGUGUUGAUUCUGGUCAACAGACUUGAUAGCAAACUAGUUUGAUCAGUUUUAACUCUCUGGAAAAAGUUGAACACAUUCAUAUUCAGUCACGUAGAAAUUUUGCCACAGAUAAUUGCAUUAAUUAUUUCUCACUUGUACAUUAGUUAUCACAAAAAAAUCUAAACUGGACUUCCUUAAAGUUCUGCACAUUAUAGCUGAAGAUCUUGUGUAGAAAUGUUUUAUUGACUGCUGCUUCAGUGCAAUUCUAAUUAGUGGCUUAUUUUGAAUUGAGAGUCACCCUCCUCAUCUGGAGAGGAGCUUGCAAAAUGUGCACCAGUGACUGUUUUUGUUAUGGAUCAAUUAAGCUACUUGCCAAAACUGAGCCUAUAUAACUCUGCCUUUGAAACUGAAUCAUUAUGAGCAAGCAAGAAUAAGCAUCAUCUGUUGAUGACCUGUAGGGACUGUUGGCUAAGACACAGCUCCUCAGGUUUGCACCCCUCCAGUUUCACACCCGAGUAACUAUUUCUAUCAUAGCAAACAAAUAAAGUGGUUAAACUAUUCCACUUGGAUGGAUGUAAGGAUAUGCUGAAUCACAGGAAGAUUAAUGUUGUAGUUUCUGAAUGGGUGCUGUCCAUGACAACCACUCCCAUUGCUAGCCCCAAAGGCAAGAAUCAGUGAUGGAGCUGGGGAAUUGCUGCCUUUGCCCAGUAAUGCUGUCAAUGAGUAAGCUGUCCAAGAGCCCCAACAAGUGCUUCUCAGGUAAUUGACUUAAAGUUCAGUCUGCAGCAGAACAUUGAGCUCUAGUCUCCAGCACUUUAAUUCUCCAUUCCAAUCCCACUCCUUCCUUAACCACCUCCAAUGUUCAAUAUAGCUCAGUGUAAAUAAUUUUUAAAAAAUUGUAGAUGCUGCAAAUCUGAAGUUCUGAUGCUAGAGUUCUGAAGAAGGAUCUUUGACCUGAAACAUUACUCUAUUUCUCUUUCUCUGGAGAUGUUGUCUGAUCUGCUGAGUGUUUCCAGCAAUUUCUGUUUUUAUUGCCGCUCAAAGUGAGCUUGAUGUUUUCUGGGCCUGUACUCAAUGGAGUUCAGAAGGAUGGGAGGGGGGAAUCUCAUCGAAAUCUACUGGAUACUGAAAGGGCCUGGAUAGAGUAGAUGUGGAGAGGAUAUUUUUAGUCUAGGAUCUUAGGGCACAGCCUCAGAAUAAAGGGUUGUCCCUUCAAAACUGAGAUGAGGAGGAAUUUCUUCAGCCAGAGAGUGGUGAAUCUGUGGAAUUUGUUGCCAAAGAGGGCUGUGGAGGCCAAGUCAUUGGGUGUAUUUAAGGCAGAGACUAACAGGUUCUUGAUAAGGGGGUUAUGGGGAGAAGGCAGGAGAAUGGGGUUUAAACAAAAAUCAGCCAUGAUUGAAUGGUGGAACAGACCAAUGGGCUGAAUAGUCUAAUUCUGCUCCUAUAUCUUAUGGCCUUAUGGUAUCAGCACUUCGUCUUUCUUUUGGCUUCAUUACAGUCUCUGAGUUCAGCUCAGUUCAAUAUGAUUCUACUAUCCCAUUUUGCAUAUAAACUAGACCAGUCUUUUGUCUUUUACUGCCCACUUCUGCUUUACUGCAUCAGCUCUAUUUGCCAUUUAAUCUCUUCUACCUUCCACCCUACAGGCCUUCCCUCUUGGUCUUUCCUCUUCUCCCUUCUUUCUCUGUAACUUUUUUUUCUUUUUCCAUUUUUGAUAGGUCAUUGAUCUGAAUCACUAAUCAUUGCUUGCUCCACAAAUAUCACCUGACCUUACUGAGUAUUUCCAGCAUUUUUGGUUCCAAAGAUUCUUUUUUUUUGGUCCCAAUCCCACGACUUCUGAAACACGUUAAAUGCAAUAUGAUUUCAAUACAAUUUAUUGCAGUGAUUGUCCAUUACAGUUCAUGGUUUCCUACAGUGAGGGCCAUUGAGCACGUAUUAGCCACACAAAGUUUGCUGAUCUUCCUUCUUCACCUGCAUAAAGCACAUAAUCCUUGAACAUGUCUCAAAACAACAAAAGAAAAGUUCUGUUUUUAUGUGUGACAUUCUAGGCAGUUAGCUACUGCUUUAGGGAAUGUGUUACACAAGUCUUUCCUUCAUACUUCCUAAAGCUGCAAAAUCAUUUGCUUUGGCUGAGAAUUUCAGAAAUUAUGGCCUUACUUAUCUUUUCCAGUGUUAAGUCAUAAGAUCUUAGUUAUAAUAUUAUUAACGCAGAAGAGGACACCAUUCAGCCCAUAAAGUUUGUGCCAGCUUGAGUGGAGUAAUACUAUCCAUUUCAUUUCCUGCUCUCUUCCCCAAGUACCUAUCUCAAGUACCUAUCCAAUUCGCUUUUGAUUCUGUUUCCUUCACCUCUCCAAGUGUUGUCUUCCAUUCCCCUGGCUGUCGAACCUUUCACGAACCAAAAUAGCUUGCCCUCUCUGCAAACCAGUCACUUUGAUUAAAUUUCCUCUCACCCACUUUUGCUCCAAAAACAACAACCCUAGCUUCUCAAGUUAAAUCUAAUAACUGAAAUCCCUCUAUCCUGGAACAAUUCCUUUCUAUGCCUUCUCUGGGAUCUUCAUAUCCUUCCUAAAGAAUGACCAGAAUUGAGUGCAAUAUUUUAGCUGUGGCCUGUCCCAUUUUUUUUUGUGCAAGUUUCACAUAAUAUCCCUACCAUUGUACUGCUUCUAUGGAUCCUAUAUGCACUUCCAUAGGCACAGAUUUAUGUAAAUAUCCUCUAUGCUGCCCAGCCUUCAACUGUAGAUCUCAAUUCUAACCCCCUGUCCCUGCAGAGUUGGUAUUUGCAGCAAAGCCUAACUGCAGCUAUGGUGGGCAGAGAAGUUUUCUAAUUUUUUUGUUUUGGCAUGUUGGUUUGGCCAACCAUCUGGAGAGACUUGCAUUCAUUUAGUUUUAAAGGAGUCUCUCAAGGUCUAGUGUUUUAUUUUAGUUCAAUUUCACAAGGAGUCCUGUGAAAUUGAACAAAAAUCUGACAAACCUUCCACAGAUGAACAUGUCAUACUUUUUUUGUUUAGUGAGUUACAGGAGACAUUGAGUCAAGUUGCAAAUGGACUACAAUCCAGUUGAUUGGUGAGCUGGCCCAAAGGACAGAAUGGCUUCUGAUACCCAUUGAUAAAUGUACUUUGUGGCUGUUGUACAAUUUCUGCUGAUCACUGACCUAUGAACAAUAUUGUGUUUAUGCUUUAUACAAUAAAGAUUGUCUUCA